CUGUACGUAUGACAUCACUGAUGACGCGUGUAACCGUUCGGCGCUAAUUUUCAAAUGUUUGUCUGAACAGACGGAAUAGAGAAAGUUUGGAUCGGUUGUACUGCUUAAAAAUCGUCAGAUACUCGCAGUUUCGUUAUGAGCGCAUUCAGUACCCCCACAUCCCUGCCACGACAGUGGUCCUCGCCGGCAAUAGGACACAAAGCCGCGCUGUCGGCCACCAGCACACCUCUGCUGGACAAUAUCCAGGGAAACGAUGAUGAACAGGAGAGACGUCAAAGACGCAGAUCCAGGGUCAUCGACCUUCACGGAGUGACCGACUCCUCCAUUAACGAGGCUGGUAGCCACAGUGCUGCAGGCACACCUGCUGCUGUCCCUAAGCUGUCAUCUGCACAGAUAUCUGAGCAUUAUUCUACCUGCAUCAAGCUUUCCACUGAAAAUAAAAUUACCACAAAGAAUGCAUUUGGCCUACACCUCAUUGAUUACAUGGCAGACAUUCUCAAGCAGAAAGACUCAGAGCUCAACUUCAAGGUGGCAGCGGGGACCCUGGACGCCAGCACAAAAAUCUAUGCGGUGAGGGUGGAUGCAGUUCACGCUGAUGCUUACAGAGUCCUAGGAGGCUUGGGAUCUGAGACCAAACCAAAAGAGAGUCAAGAUGGUGAGGAGGAGACUGAGCUAGCAGAGGGUGGUCAGGGAGAGCAGGUGGCUGCUAAACAGACCAAGAAAAGACCUCAGAAGAAGACCGUGGAGCAGAACCUCAGUAACAUCAAUCUCUCUGAAUCGGAGAUGAAGUGUGAGGUGGACCCCAUGUUCCAGCGAAUGGCUGCUUCCUUCGAUGAGAACAGUACAGCAGGAGUGUUCCUCUCUGUGCUGUUCAGUGAAGACAGUCGCUGUGAGCUGCGUUUCCCUUCACAUAUGACCUUGCUGAAGUCACAGCUGCCUCCUGUGCAGGUGCCCCGUCAGCAUGUUCCUGCCUCACCGUUUAUAGGUCAUUUAAAGACACUAGAAGACAGACCAAUUUGUCCAUCCUUAGAAGAUUUCUCCUUUACUAGAUGGACUCCUGAACAGACCACAAACCUCAACCAGCUUCUUGAGAAUAUGAAGCAGGGAGAGCACGCAUUCGAUGUCAAUGCAGACAUUGAGCCAGAUGAGGAUGUGGGUCCAGAUUUUGGGGAUAAUUUUGAUGCAGAUGUAGAUGUGGACGAGGGCAGACAGGGAGACUGUGAGGAGUUUAAGGAACACCGAGAAGCUUGUUCAAAUAGCCCUCAGAAAGGACGAGGUGUGAUUCCUAUUGGCGAGGUGGACAUUGCCACCAUGUGUCUGCAGUUGUCUGAUCAGCCUAGAGAGUACUCGUACUUCAGUCCCAGGACCAUGGCCACCUGGGUUGGACCUGGCUACUGGCUCUUCAAACCUGGACAUAAGCAGGAUCACAAACCAGACAAAGAACCUCGGAAACGAGCACCAAAGAAUCCGCUCGUAAUUGACUUUAAGGGAGAUAUCAACUUUCAUAAUUACUUUCGGACAACUAGAGCAGCAACCACUAUUAGUAAAUCAGCUUUGAACACCAGCAAUAAGAAAACCACACUUCCAGCAGACUUCCAGUAUCCACCCAGUAACCUGUCACAGCUCAGCCUCAAACCCUCCAACACACUCAGCGCAGAAGGAAAGAAAAGAUUAUCAGGAGAGCUGGGUGAGGACAUAGGAGAGUAUGACUACAACAACGCUAAUGACACAGCCAACUUCUGUCCUGGUCUUCAGGAAGGGGACAGUGAGGAUGCUGAAGGCUUUGGAGGAUCUGAUGACUCCCAAACAGACCGACCAACCCCUUUCUCUUUGGACACGGAUGACAUCUCUACAUACGGAGAGGACUGUCUUGUCCCUGAGCCUCACAAGGUAAACACUAUUGCGAUAAACUAUGCCAAGACGGCCAAAAAGAUGGACAUGAAGAAGCUGAAGACCACUAUGUGGGGUCUCCUAACAGAGAGUCCUGAAAAACCAGCAAAGCAGGUGGACAGUGAGGAAACAACAGAAGUACCUGGAGAAAAAUCAUUCAGCCAGUCUGUCAGGAAUCUUGUACAAAGGCUUCCCUCAACCAUGGCUACCAAUCUCUCAGUACCAUUGGCUUUUGUGGCCCUUCUGCAUUUGGCUAAUGAGAAAAACUUGGAGCUGCACAAGAUUGACGGCAUGACCGAUAUCAUCAUUAAACAAGGCCACUGAAAACUGAUACAGAUCUUUUAUACAAAAGUCUUUUAAUUGUAUCAAAAUGUAAAUGCAGUUUCUUAUGUUCUUUUGUCAUGUAAAAUACCUAUGUGUGGCCAAAACAGUAUAGUCAAGAGAAGGAUGAUGAUGUCAGGAUCAUGUUAAAAAUGUUGUACAGGGAACUACCACAGAUUUUUUUUUUGAGUGAAACUGAAAGCUCAAAAGCAUGUACCAGGAAAAAACAACAACAUGGGUUGCAGUGCAUGAAUAAUAUGAUUGCUUUUAAGAUUGAACUAUUUUGAUAACUUGUUUUUACAGUAAUAGUAAAUAUGAAGUUACUGUUGUCAUUGUCUAUUUAAAAAGAAAAAAAAAGUUUUAUUGAAAUUGUAAAUCUUUGAUUUUAUGACUUGGUUUCUUUUCGAUGUAUGUUCUACUUCUAAUUUGGAAAAAUAAAACUUAUCAAGGUAUUGGAUAGUU